UUCCCCACAACAUCAGGUAACCAUCUCGCCGCCGGCCGCCGCCACCGUACUCCCUCGCUGCUUUGCCAGGCCUGAACAUUGCGCGGCGCCGAGGUAGUUCGCUGCAGGGAGUGUAGCCGUCUAGAAAGGAUUCAUAGCUGGGAACAUUCGCUUGGAUUUGGAUUGUAGGGGCAACUGCAGACUAGAUUGUUCUGAUGGGUGAGGCCUGCAGGCAUCGGCAUAAAUUUGCAAGGGAGGUUAUAGUGUGUGAGUUCAGGACUUGAAGAUGAACAAGGGCAAGAUUUUUAAGUUAGCCAAGGGUUUCAGAGGAAGGGCUAAAAACUGCAUAAGAAUAGCCAGGGAGCGUGUGGAAAAAGCAUUGCAAUAUUCGUACAGGGAUCGGCGCAACAAGAAAAGGGACAUGCGAUCUCUCUGGAUUGAGCGAAUCAACGCUGGCACACGGCUCCAUGGGGUGAACUAUGGCAACUUCAUGCAUGGACUGGUCAAGGAGAAUGUCCAACUCAACAGGAAGGUGCUUUCAGAGCUGUCGAUGCAUGAGCCAUACAGCUUCAAGGCUCUUGUUGAUGUAUCACGCACUGCGUUCCCCGGGAAUAGGCCGCCUGUCAAGAAGGAAGGAUUAGCUAGCAUUCUAUAAAAAAAUCCUUCCUCAACAAUUCAAUCUACUAGUUACUGUUGCAUCGAAAGUAAACUGAUAAUGUUACAGCUCAGGUUGUAACCUUGCAAUGUACUGAUGCGGUGGGUGGGUAGCGCAUCACAUUCUAUCUGUUAUUAUGUCUGGUUGCCUGUUGAACAGAGGUUACAUGUACUGUACUUCUUGCACAUCUUUUGUGAUAAGUUGCUACGUUUACGGACAAUAAUCCUUUAGAAUUGGUCA